GCCAUAUUGGUCGCUCUGCUUCCGCUUGCUAGCAUCUUUGUGAAAGACACACGUGUCGUGAUCAGGUUCUCUGGCUAGUUCAGCGCUGAUCAAAGCGUUUAUCUUGAUUACCUCGACUAGCCGCUUUCAUUUACAUCAACAUGUCGUACGCCAAGGGUGGAGAUACUGAGAAGCCGUCCGCGGGUGAAGCCGGCACUAUUCACACCAUCCACCGCAUCCGCAUUACCCUUACUUCCAGGAACGUCAGGAGCUUGGAGAAAGUGUGUGCCGACUUGAUCGGAGGAGCUAAGAAGCAGCAGCUGAGGAUCAAGGGACCUGUGCGCAUGCCAACCAAGACCUUGCGCAUCACCACACGCAAGACUCCUUGCGGUGAGGGCUCCAAGACUUGGGAUCGCUUCCAGAUGAGAAUCCACAAGCGUGUUAUCGACUUGCACAGCUCUUCUGAGAUCGUCAGACAGAUCACCUCUAUCAGCAUUGAACCCGGUGUAGAAGUGGAGGUGACCAUCGCUGACUCGUAAAGAGUAGUAGCAAAGGGACCGGCGUGAAUAAAACAUGCCCUUUAUUACAUAA